AUGGUUGCGCGCUUCCUCGCCUGCCUCACGGCAUUGAUCGCACCAGCGCUGGCGCUUCACCCGGCCCGCCUCGCGCCACGGCCUCUGCCGUGCCUCAUGUGUGUGCCCGCCGGCUUUGAGGAGGCGUGGCCGCAGCUGCUCGAGAUAGUCGACGAGGAGGCAGCCGAUCUCGCGCUGGCAGUGGACGACGUCGCGUUCGCGCGCGGCAAGCUGAGCGUGCUCGCGAGCGGCGGCGUCGACGACCUCGUCGCGCUCAAUCGCCGGCUGAGCGAACGGCUCGACGACUGGGAGGCGAACGCAGCGGUCGAGCUCCCGCCAUACAUGCUCGAGGUGGCGAGUCCCGGCGUGUCGGACGUGCUGCGGAGCGACGCCGACUAUGCCGCCUUUAAGGGCUUUGGCGUUCAGGCCACGCUAACGGAGGAGUACAAGAAGCGGACCGUGCACGAGGGCACGCUGCUCGGCCGCGACGGCGAGCACGUGCUGCUCAACCUCAAGGGGAGGGUGCUCAAGCUGCCGCGCGAGCUGGUGGCCGAGGUGCGGCUGCCGAGCGCGAAGCGAGAGAAGGGUGACCCGUACUGA